AUGGGUGAUGCAACCGGUGAUGUUAUAUGCGAGAAGCCCUUCUCCGCCGCGGACUUCACUGAUGAUCAGAAACACCACAUUCUACUCGCAGCCAGUGGAUCUGUUGCUACGAUCAAAUUACCACUAAUAGCACACGCUCUAGCCCAGCAUCAGAAUGUAUCGAUACGAGUUGUCCUCACAUCGUCUGCUACUGAAUUCUUGCAAGGCCAGUCUGCUGAACAGCCGCAGCUCGAAAGCCUGGAGCAGCUGCCCAAUGUUGAGGCGAUCUACCUGAACAAGGACGAAUGGGCGAAGCCAUGGGUCCGUGGCGACAAGAUCCUGCAUAUCGAACUGCGCCGCUGGGCUCAUACUCUUCUAAUUGCUCCUUUGUCUGCGAACUCACUGGCCAAGAUGGCCAACGGUCUGAGUGACAACCUACUAAUGAGCGUCGUCCGGGCAUGGGAUACGACAGGUCUGAUUGAUGGUCGGAAGAAGGUCAUCUUCGUCGCUCCGGCUAUGAACUCAGCCAUGUGGCGCCAUCCCAUCACCAAUAAGCACAUCGAAACGUUGAAGAACGACUGGGGCUCUCCGCCUGAUGGCUGGGUUCGUGUGCUUGGUCCCAUUGACAAGGGUCUUGCAUGUGGUGAUGUGGGUGACGGCGGGAUGAUGGAGUGGAGCGGUAUCGUCACGGAGAUGGAAAGCCACUUCGGUCUCACCAAACCUUCAACCUAG